AUGACAUCCUCAAGAAACGGUGUCAGUAGCAAUGCAUCUUCAAAGGAAUCGUCGGAACAUGACCAGAUACUUGGUCCAUUCCUCGAGGCUCCUCUUCUUCUAAAAGAUAUACGACAUAGUACCGUCAUUGCUGCAGUCGUUGCCUCCCAUCCUUGCCUUAUCAGCUUCACAGGAAUGCUAUCCAUUCCCAGAGAUAUCCCUGCCUUAAGACACUGCCUCCUCCGCGUCUUCCUUAUGGACGGACGGAUUCUGGCUCUGAAUCGUGCAAAACGAGACUGGGGUUUUGAAGAAGAGACAUGUCUGUCCUCUUCGUGGGUAUCACCUCCACCGCCUGAUAAACAAUGUCCACUAGAAAAGGUCCGUCAGAUUGGCCGAGAUGUACGACACACAUCCGACUGCAAGGUUACAGAUGCUGAUCUGCAGGACUAUUUGCGGACUCUGUCCGCGCUCCUGGCUGACCCACAAUACUUACAACAUGAUCCUUCAGCAGCGAUAGCAUUCGCGAGACUUAGUGAUGUGCAGAAUGAUUGCAUUUCAAUCGAAGAACUUGGCGAUCUAUUGAAAGAGGUCUAUGAAACACUCGAAAAUGCACAAGAGGUCGUCGAACGUUUUUCUGAGGAGGCAGAACGAACCUUGUCAAAUGCUCUUCAGAAACUAGAUGCUACCAUACUGUUUGGAAAGAAACGCCUUGAAAGGGAGACACAAGUUGGGGAACAACGCAUCAAAAUCAAGACAAACGUUGGGAAACAACGCCUUGAAAGAAAGACAAAAUUUUGGGAGCAGCAUCUUGAACGCAAGACAAAAGAUGGAGAACAAUUCAUUGAAAGCAAGGUGCAGGAUGGAAUUGUGCGCUUGGAACAGACAGCAAACAAAACUGCACAAGCAGCAUACGAACGAGCCGUAGCAGAUCUUCGCCGUCGUUUGGUGGAUCAUUACCAUGACAAUGCGAGCAAUGUGCCUCUUUCAGUAUUGGAUCAGAGUCUUGAUAAACGUAUAGCAGAUAUAUAUGCAACACCAAAAAUUCAUCGAAUUGAAAUUACAAAAGAUGGAAAACGCGUUAAAAAGGAGCAAGUACUGGCAUACAAAGAACUCUUUUGUUCAGACGAUUCAAAGUCAAAUCGACGUUUAUACGUACAAGGCGAGCCCGGAAGCGGCAAGUCUACGUUUGCAGCUAAGUUAGUUCAUGUUUGGUGCGACGGUUAUCGGCCCUCAACGGCAGCUCCCAACGUAAAUGAAUCGUUUGAUGACGUGUUAAUCAUUCAAAAGUUUCAGUUUGUGUUUUACAUCGCGUUGAGAGAAUCGAGAGGUACAAAAGACCUAACGCAUAUGGUAAAGAAACAACUUAUUGACACAUUGUAUUCAGAUGAAAAACGUGAUGCAAUGUACAAACUUCUACUCCAAAUUAUAGAGACGGAAGUGUGCCUGGUAGUGCGAGACGGUCUAGAUGAAUGGGUGGCACCUGACGGUAGUAACCUUGCUGAACCUUCUAUGGCGGGGUUUCCAAAUGACAAGUGCACGGUACUUACAACAUCUCGACCAUGGAAACUGGCUGAGGAACGAAUCAAGAACUCACAGAUCGACAUUCUUGUAGAGAUCGAGGGGAUUAAUGACCCAAAUACAUUUUGUGAAAGGGUACUGCGCUGCAUACUUGACGAGAGCAAAAAUCUUAAGACAACGGCUUUUGAAAUUAGGCGCUUCAUAUCAGAUCGUAAACUGACCUCAUUAUCAUAUUCACCGAUGUUGUACACGCUUGUUAUUUGCACGUGGACGGACACUUUGGAGGAUAUGGAACAUUUGAAAGGAUUUUCACUGUGUGCAUUAUAUACUUCUUUGCUUGAAAGCCUUUGUAAGAAAACGAGCGAUAUAAUUGGCUUUUUUAAUGAUUUAAACCCGCCUCAGGUGAAGUGUUUUUCACGCUCAAGAUAUCUGCGGCCGAUCAUUCAAAAAGUAGAUGUCAUUUCAAAAGCUGCUUUCCAUCUUUUGUUUUCUCCUGAAAAGGAACAGUCUAUUGUAUUCAACGAUCACGAAUUGUCAAACUAUCUUACACAAUCUGAACAAGAGUUUGCCCUCAAAGCAGGACUGAUAUCAAAAAGGAAAACUAAAAAAACUUUUAAUUCGUCUAUAUCAUUUCUCCACAAAAGCAUUCAGGAAUUCCUGGCUGCUUAUCAUAUUGCCCUCAAUGCUCAUUUGAUUGAUGAUGUCAUUUUCGGAUAUGUGGGUCGUCAUUCGAAUGCAUAUCUCGACAUAUCCCAGGUGUUCAUAUUCCUAUGUGGACUGAACAUAUCGGCUGCCAAUAAGCUAUCUGGCAUGAUGAAUGAACAUAAUAAUAAGUGGCAUGACUACCGUUCGUGGUUUAAAAGUACGUUUCAAAGCAUCAUAGAGGCAGGAUACACAGAAGCUGUUUCAAAUGACCAAACUGACAUUCUCCUCCGGCUCGAUCAAUUGGAAAUCCAUGAGGACAACUUAAUGGACAUGUACAACAUAUGGAGAGAAAACAAGUCAAAUGUCCUUCGUUUGGGCAUACAUGUAGGCGACAAAACUUAUCGUGACAUACAUAGUUCAUCUACACAUAGCGAGGCAACAUCGCAGGUUGAGUUUGACCUGUCAUCGUGCAUCAAACUGAAAUAUUUGACACUUAGUGGAAGCGGCAUGCAAAUAAAAGAUUCGUCGAGUUCGGUCUCAUCGACACUUCCGGUGUGUAUCGUACUAAAUAGUGAAAAUCCAGCCCAGUGUGCAGAUCCUCCUCCAGUGCUGCCGUGCAUAGAACACAUUGAAUUGAAAAUUAUUACAUGUUCGUCUACCUGGCUACGCAGUCGUCUCAGCACACUGCUGACACUCGGUCAUGUCGUGUACUGUGAGCUGACGAAAUGUUACAUAACAUCUUGUAAAUCUGAUGCAGUUCCAUGGACAGAUACAGCGACAAACGUAACAUUAAUGUGUUUCAAGAAUGCAUUAAAACUGGUGAUCAUUGAAGGUUGGUAUGUCAGUCGCAGUCUGUGGGAGGCUCUCCAUGGUCUGAAUAUCAAGAGUCUGAGUCUGAAAGUUGCGUAUGGAAGUGUAAACGUAAAUUAUCCAGACUCGAUGUCCCAGUCACUUUCAUCGCUCACUCAUCUUGACACGCUUAGUAUUGAAGUGAAUGAUGACAGUCCCGGUCUGUGGGAGGCUCUCCAUGGUCUGAAUAUCAAGAGUCUGAGUCUGAAUGGUGCGUAUGGAAGUUUAAACGUAAAUUAUGCAGACUCGAUGUCCCAGUCACUUUCAUCGCUGACUCAUCUGGACACGCUUAGUAUUGAAGUGGAUGAUGACAGUCCUGGUCUGUGGGAGGCUCUUCGUGGUCUGAAUAUCAAGAGUCUGAGUCUGAGACGUCGGUAUUCAGUGUUAAACGUAAAUUAUGCAGACUCGAUGUCCAUGUCACUGUCAUCGCUUACUUAUCUGGACAAGCUUAGUAUUAAAGUUAAUCAUGACAGUCCCGGUCUGUGGGCGGCUAUCCGUGGUCUGAAUAUCAAGAGUCUGAGUCUGAGUGUUGAGUAUGUUGGUUUAAACAUAGAUUAUGCAGACUCGAUGUCCCUGUCCCUUUCAUCGCUCACUCAUCUGGACACGCUAAGCAUUUACACGGAUGGUAUAAGUUCCGGUCUGUGGAAGGCUCUCCAUGGUCUGAAUAUUAAUAGUCUGAGUAUCAGUGACGGAUUUUUUUAUGAUGAUGAUGAUGAUUCGAUAGCACAGUCACUAUCAUCGCUUAAACAGCUUGAAACGCUUUCUAUAUAUUUUUAUUCUAUAUAUUUCGACAUUUGGCUACCUCAGUCAUUGAAGCAUUUAAAUAGCUACUGUAUGCAAUUGCUUCCAUCCGAAUUACGCGAACUUGUGGAUGCACUGUCUGCAUGUACUCAGACAAUUGAGAGUAACCUAGACUUUUGUUGUGCGUCUAUGGACGAUUCAACUUUAAAACGAAUUCCACCUGAGGAAUACAUUGUCGUCAAAAAGGAACUAGAGAUGAGGAAAAAUGUUGCAGUGAAGCGAUUCCGAAUAUAUGACCGGAUAUGUAAAACCUAUAGGUAUGAUCAUGAUCAUGAUGAUGAUGCCACAUCUCACUGGUCUGUACGUGACAUGUGUGGUGUCCAUGACGAUAAUCCGGAUGAUGAUACCGUUAAAGAUGAGGCAUAUAAAAGAUUCGUUCGCGCAAUUAGUAAUGAAAUCAUUAAUCGAAUUUCAAUGCGUCUUCUGAUUACCCCAUCCUCAAACUCAUGAAUCGUCAAUAAAUUCGGCAGCAGCAUCUGAUUAUAAUGAGUACAAUUGUAUUUAUAAAGUCUCGAACAUUUCAAAUAAGAAUGAUAUAUCCCUCUUGGAUAUCAUACAUAGACAGUAAGAAUUGUCAAACAUUAAUUUAACAAGUAUAAAUAAUCUUAAACAUUUUUGUGACGUUUUAUUGGUGUAUAAAGGUUAAUGGAACAUGUUUGAUGAAUUACAUGCAAUUUUGUUUAAAGUCUAUGAAUUCCAAAACGCCACGCAGUUUCAUUUCAUAGCCAAUACACGAUAUCAUGUACUGUUGUUGUUGUUUUUUUGCAAUAUUUAUGUGCGAAGCAAAUUAUAUGUAUGCGUUGUUUCUAGUUCGCGUUAAAGCACAUAUAUAUAUAUAUAGAUUCUACAUCUUGUGAACAAAUUCCAGAACUGCUUUUUAAAAAUGUUGCUAUACCCAUGACUAGUGCAGAAUAUCAAAUACAUUUGAUCAUUAAUUGGCUAUCGAAAUCAAACCGUUUGUCGUCUUAGAAUAAAUCUUGCAGACGGAGCGUGUCAUGUUGAUCUUAAUGUUUGUCAUUACAGAUUACAGUAACCACAUAUUGUUGUACAUAUAUAUAUGCUAAAUGUUUAGAUGCAACAAGAAAAAUGUGCAAACCUUUAGAUUUCAUUUAGUUUCAGAUUAUUUUCAAGUAUGUAAUAGUAUAUUAUUCUUUUUUGUAUUAUUGACUAGAAUGUAUAUCUAUAUUUUUGUCACGCAUGUACUUUCUUUAUAAACACAUGUUUUGGCUGUAACUCUGAGUCAAAUAUUAGUUUUUGACUCCUUACAUCUGGUCUGCAUUAUAAGGUUUGGACUCCUUACAACCGGGUUUGUAUUAUAGGGUUUGGACUCGUUACAACCGGGUUUGCAUUAUAAGGUUUGGAUUCAUUACAACCGGGUGUGCAUUCACCGUUCAGAGGCGGUGACCCCUCAUACAUUCAUGUGUGUUUUUGUUGUGUUUUUGUGCAUUUUGUCUAUCACAUUCGUACACUUGUGUUUUGCCUAUACAUUUGUAAUAUAGCAGCUAUGUAGUUUCUACUGAAAAAAUCAAUUGUGAUGUGGUCUCUUGUGCUGUGUGGAGAAGUCGGAAUACACAUAGGAAAUUCAAACUUUCACCUUAUUUCAGUUACCUAUAUCACAUUCGUUAUUGGUGACUUCCGAUUCAAUGCCAACGUUGUUUAUUCUGUGGUAAAAACGAACAGCCUGCACACGAGAAUUUCUGAUUAUGUAUGUAAACGGUUAUUUGUUUAUAUUAUUUACUUGAUAUAGAUGACAUCAUUAUUAACUUUGUUUGUAUAUAACAUUUCGUCGCUGUCGUUCUCAAACCUCGUAGCUCCAAACUUUUCAAAACAGUUUUUUCGUCUUUUCCGAAUAUAUGAAGUCUGUCGCGUGUUUUGUGCUAUAUCUCGUAGCUCUACGCCAAUCAGAGCCCUUGAAAAAUGCACGUGACGAAAUGUUGUAGCUUGACUGGUGGCUUUUUUCCGGCGAAAAGUCGUAGCGACGUCAGUUCACCUAUAGGUACGUCAUUUCGUUUUGGACAAAUUUGACAAAAACGUUUUUUUAUAUUUGCAUCUACCAGGUUUCCUAUCAGGACGAAUUGUCGUACCUCAUACCACGGACGCUCCGUGCUCAUACAAAUGACAAAACUGUGGUGACAAAAUAUCGUAGCUACCAUUUCUGAACAUCAGUAUGACUUACGCGUCUACGGCUUAUACCGUAGUUUGCGGCUUCAUUUGUUUGGUAUUUUUACAGAAUUUUAAUUUAUAAAACAUCGUUAUAAAAAUGAGACGGUUUUUUUCUCUCUCCUGAAAACUUGACAUUUUGGAGCUACGAGGUUUGAGAACGACAGCGACGAUUUGUUAAAAGAUGUUAACCAUAUAUAAACUACAAUAUAAAGAUUUACGUUGGCUAAAGCGCAUGCGAUAAAAUGCAUUCAAUAUAGAUAAAGAUUGAAUACCCAUAUAUAUAUUAAACAUUAACAUGUUGUCAUACAUUGUAGGAAACUUAUGAGCAUAUAUUUAUUUAGUUUCACAUCGUUUUGUAAGAAUAGAUAUUUAAACGAGUGGGAGUUUUAUAUAUCUGGGUUUUAUUCAACGAACGAAAAUUUACAAAUUAAUAAUAAGUCUGUAAGUAUUCAAAAAAACAAUUGAAUACAAAUGAAAAGUGUUUGUUAAUAUAAGUCUG